UGAAGUCAGUUGUUUGCAGUGCUUUUCCCAACUCAUUAGACCCGCCAACCACGCGAACCUAACUACAACCACUUUCGUUCUCGGUUGACACCAAUCGCACCACCGUUUGACACCACCACUUGCCCCAGUGUGGGUGCUUAUGUAUGCCAACGUCUCAAUCCGUUGCCAAUAGAAGAUCGUGGCCAGCGAUAUCCGCUCCACUUAAAUAGCAACCACUUUCGGAGGCCGGAACCCAGUUUACCACCGAGCUUAGAAGAGCGAGUAUUUGGGAUAUGAAGUCGACGGCGUUGCUCUUUUUGUUGGCUUUUCUGGGGAGUGCGUCUGCCAAUCCUCUUCUGGGUCUUGUGGAUCCCGCCUGCCAAGUGGUUCGGGGGGAAUGUCCCCACAAAAACAUCUCCUUCUGGCUGUACUCAAAUUCCACCCGGAAUAAGCCCAUCCUGCUGGAUCCCCUCGAUCUCAAUCCGUGGGACUUCCAGCCGCCGCGUCCCCUCAAGAUCCUCAUCCAUGGCUACACAGGAUACCGCGAUUUUGCGCCCAACUCCUACAUCCGCCCCGUACUCCUGGACCACGAGGACGUGUACGUGAUCUCCAUCGAUUACGGACCAUUGGUGCGGUAUCCCUGCUACAUCCAGGCGGUCCAGAAUCUCCCGCUGGUCAGUCGGUGCUUGGCGCAGUUGAUCUACAACCUGGUGGGCCGAGCAAUAGUGCCAAACGACCAGAUCCACCUGAUCGGUUUUAGUUUGGGUGCCCAAGUGGCGGGUCAGACGGCCAACUAUGUGAGUAGGAAGCUGAAGAGGAUCACGGGACUGGAUCCUGCCAAACCUCUAUUUAUCCUCGGUCCGAAUUCGAGGAGAUUGGAUGCAGGAGACGCCGAAUUCGUGGACGUCAUCCACACGGAUGUUUUCGGUCGGGUUCUGCGUGCCGCGGGUCACGUGGACUUCUAUCCCAACUUCGGGCCCCAGCAGCCCGGCUGCUCGGAGGAAAAUCCUCAGGAUCCUGGCAGCUGCAAUCACGAGAGAGCGCCUCGCUACUACGCCGAGUCCAUAAACACCACGGUGGGUUUCUGGGGACGUCGCUGCUCCGAUUGGUUGGUCCAUCUCCUUGGACUGUGUCCCACGUCGGGAGAUCAAGCAACGAUGGGAUACCACGUCUCGGAAAAACUCAGGGGUUCGUACUUCCUCAACACUGCUAGCAAAGAAUACUUCGCCCUGGGCAAACUGGAGGAUGUGGAUAAUACGAAACUGCUGGCGAAGUUCCAUCUGAAUCUGGACGAAAAUGAAAUCGGGUCUGACCUUGAACCGCAGCUGUUGGAGGGUUUCCUCGACAUGAAGAAGGUGAACGUGAUUGGGAAAAUAGACAAGGAAGAUUUGGGUUCAAAUCUGAACUGGAUUGAAAUAGAAAAGAGUUUAAGAAGAAAGCUUAUUUAGUUAAAUUAAAUUAUAGAAAAUAAUAAAUAAAUCAUUGAUAAGAUAAGGUA